CCAAGAAUCUUCAGCGAAAAACGACGUGUGUUUGCAAGCAGCCGUCGCUUGGUCCUGCGGCAGUGUUUUAAAUUUUAAAUUUUUGCUGAUAAAACUCAAAAAUCGCCUUCAAUUUGUGUUCAACCGGAUCAGAAACCACUGCCCUCAAAUGGAUAAGCAAGCGGAUAGUGAAAAUACUGCCCCUGCCGGUGGAAAACCAACGAAAAAUGGCAACGGCAAGGACAAAGGUAAAGCAAAUCAGCAGCAGCAGCAACAACAACAGCAACAGCAGCCUUCGGUCUCAGCAGCGCCGAAGCCGGUCGUGAAGCGUAAGCGUAAGCGCGUCAAGGAUGCAAAUGCGCCUAAACAUCCCCUCACCGGAUACGUUCGUUACAUGAACGAGAAGCGUGAUGCCUUCCGGUUGAAACAUCCCAACCUAUCCGUGAUGGAAAUCACCAAAAUACUCGCCGAAGAGUGGGGAACUCUGUCGGAAGAGGUGAAGAAGCCAUUCCUGGAAGCGGCGGAAGCCGACCGGGAACGUUACCACCGCGAGGUCACCGAGUACAAGCAAAACAGCGAAGCGAGCAAAAAGCCCAAGACCAACGGAGGAAGCGACUCGGAUCUCAGCAAGGAAGUUCCCUACUUUAACGGAAGGGAGGAGAAACAGCGGGUUGAGAUGCGCGUCGGAGACUAUGAGAUUCCGAUCUUUACCGAUGAUUUCCUGGAGCACAACAAGGUCAUCGACUCGGAGCUGAGGAUGCUUCGGAAGUCGAACAUUGACUACGAGCAGCAGAAUUCCGUUCUGGAGAAACACGUCGAGAAUAUGGACAAUGGCAUCCAGAAGUUGGAGAACGAAACAAACGGUCUGAAGACUCGGAAUGCGGUUCUUCAGAGUUACCUGCAAAAGCUGAGAACGGUGCUGGCCGGGGCGUUGGCCGGGUUGCCCAUUGGGUCAGGGAAGGAGGGAGCCACGGUGGACAACAUCGAUCGGUAUAUGGGCGAGUUGCAUCAGAUGGCCAAAUCGAACAGCCAUGGACACGCGUUGAACAAGGCCAAGGACAUCAUCCGGAAGUUGGACCUGCAGAGCUUGGCCACCUAAGAGUGAGUGUUCCAAGUGCGCAGGUAAGUUUAUGUUCGUAAGUCAUUCGGAUUUUAGUUUGUUGUAUUAUUUCUUCGUCAUAUUGGCUUUCGCCGAUUGGUCACGUGGUCGAACUGUAUCGAAUAUAUUAUCCUAAGAGUAAGCGUCAAGUUA